CCAGACCAUCAGCGGAAGGUAUCAAGACCAUAUUUGUCUCAAAAGGAAUUUGGUUACUGAAAAGUGCCUUUCCUGAAAUCUCUACUACUUGGAUUUUUCUCUAGGGCUGCCUCUCCCGAACCUCCACCCCCACCCACUCCUUUCCUUUAAAAAAAAAAUUUGGCGUUGCUUUUAGUUCAUAUCCUGACGGCAACUCAUCCAUCCUUUUUUCCCUCCUAAUACACAUCAUUUGCUCGGCCAUUUUCCCUCCCUAGCCCUUUUUUUUUUUAAAAUUUAAACAGUUGCAACAUCCUUGCGCUCGUUUGAACGCUUCCCAACCGUGAUUUUUUUUUUCAAAGCCAGAAAUAAGGAAGACAAAAAAAAAGUUUUCUCCCCAAGGGCCCAGGCCCCUCCACAAACUGAGGCGCUGCCAGCAACAUAUGCUUUUUGCAGAGAAUAAUUGAAACCAUCUAAACUGGAGAGAGAGCAUAGAAUCCUUUGGAAAGCCUGCUAGCUCUUUCCAAGUAACUUGGGGCAGAGGCGCAGUCCUCCCUCCCCCUAGUCACUAUUGGACCUCCUCCCAAUGCACUUUUAGGAGCUGGCCUUGGAUCUGAUUUUCAGUUCUCCUGCUAAGAGUUCCAUCGUGCAAUUGGCUUUAUAUUGAAUUCUCAUUGAAUAGACCCGAUUGGACUUAAACAAAAAACCCAAGUGCUGACAAAUCUCGAAUUUUACCAAAGCCACGAGAUUGGUUUCUUCACGGUUCACUUGAAUUCACUUUUCUACCCUUUUUAAAAUUAGGAGGGACAUUGUCCUUAAAUAAAAACAACAACAAAAACCAACAAAGAGUACAGUUGCUAGUUUCCCUUUGUUUUGACAAUGGCUGUCAACGUGUCUUUGGUUCGGGAUACAAAAUGGCUGACUCUAGAAGUAUGUCGAGAGUUUCAGAGAGGUACUUGUUCUCGAUCUGAUGCAGAAUGCAAGUUUGCCCAUCCGUCGCGGAGCUGCCAUGUGGAAAACGGUCGUGUGAUUGCCUGCUUUGAUUCUCUUAAGGGCCGCUGCACUCGAGAGAACUGCAAGUAUCUUCACCCUCCUCCCCACCUGAAGACUCAGCUCGAGAUUAAUGGACGGAACAACCUGAUACAGCAGAAGACUGCUGCUGCCAUGUUUGCGCAGCAGAUGCAAUUCAUGCUCCCAGGCGCUCAGCUGCAGCCAAUCACUACAUUUCCUGUGACUCCAUCUCUUGCGACAAACCCCACCAUGGCUUUCAGUCCUUAUCUAAGUCAUGUUACUCCUGGGAUGGGCCUGGUUCCUGCAGAGCUUUUACCAAAUGCGCCCGUGCUGAUGUCUGGAAACCCACCUGUCACAGUGCCAGGAGGCGCUGCUGGUCAGAAACUGAUGCGUACAGAUAAACUGGAGGUUUGCAGAGAAUUUCAACGUGGAAACUGCACCCGGGGUGAGAAUGAUUGCCGAUAUGCCCACCCUGUCGAUAUUGCCAUGAUAGAUGGAAAUGAGAACACCGUUACGGUGUGCAUGGAUUACAUCAAAGGCCGCUGCUCCCGGGAGAAAUGCAAGUACUUUCAUCCCCCUGCACACCUGCAAGCCAAAAUCAAGGCAGCUCAACACCAGGCUAACCAGACAGCCGCAGCUGCAAUGGCCCUGCCACCUGGUGCCCUCCAACCUUUACCAAAGAGGCCAGCACUUGAAAAGAAUAACGGUGCCACCACAGUCUUCAACCCAAGUGUUUUCCACUACCAACAGGCUCUAGCUAACAUGCAGCUGCAGCAACCAACAUUCAUCCCGACAGUGAAAAUUAUGAACAGCAAAAUCCUGGAGUAUCACAACCUCUCCUUGGGACGCUGCACAUGGUCUUUCUGUACAUUUUCCCAUUUCUCCUCUUUUACCAUCUCUACAGUAAGCCUGUUGCAGCAUACAUGCUAACCCAAAAAAAAUUGAAAUAAAAGAAAAAACAUCAUUAAAAAAUUUGAAGCCCCCCCCUCCCAAAAAGUAAAAUACCAGAUUUAUGGGAAUAUUAAAAAAAAAAAUCAAAAAAAAAGCGCGCUCUAUAGAAAAAAUUAACAAUCUGUGCUCUUGUAUAAGAUAUAAACAUAGACAAACUAGAUUCAACUUUUGUAACAUGUUUCUUUAACACACGUAAUCUUUUUUUUUUCCGAGUACCAUCAUGAUAAGUGCAAAUGCACAUUGGACUGUUGUAUAUUAUCAAUGGAUAAAUGUUUGUCUUUUUGAAGUGUUAUCUUGAGGUUUUGUUUACAUCAUAGUCUAAUUGAGUUGUUGUAAGGUAUAUCAAUAUACGCAAUAUCAUUUCCCAUUUAAUGUUAUGUCUUAAAUUUCCGCAUAAUGUAGUUCUUUGGUGUGGUUCAUUUUUUACACUAAAAAUGUUAUGAUGGGAAACAGGAAUGAUGGGCUUGAAAACCACGACGUGAGAAUGUUGCUGUAACUUUAAUCUAUGGGCUGAUUCUGUAGGCUUACAGGACAGCCUUUUGGAAAGGUUUCUCUUUUGAGGACAUCCUGAUUGUGCAUGCAGUCCCUUAUCAGUUGCACAUGCAGACGUGGCAUGUUCAGCAUAUGCUUGUCUCCCCUCUAAGUGAAGCUAUGCCCCAUGAACAGGCAGAAACUCCUCAGAUGGCUCCUCAAAGUUCAAACAAAAAUCAAAUUAGACUUCACCUCCAAGACCAAUUUCUCAGCAUCAUAAAUGAAAGUCAUACAAAGGGACCAUUACCAUUUCUUGGUGGAUCUAGGAUCCCAACACCACCACCCCCAUGGGAAUCUCCAAAUCUGAGCCAUUUCAACAUCUUCAGCCAAGAAAUUGGUCCUUGGAGGUUUAAAGGUAUAAUAAUUAGUGAAACUUAGGGGCAAUCUCGAGGGAAGAACACGCUCAUAAAUUAGUGGGAAAAUAUAUCCAGCCCCAGAAGCCUUUUUCUAAAGCAGAGUCUGGGGGAAAAAACCAGCAGAGGGGAGAAUAAGAGCUAGUUCUCCUUAAAUGGACACAGUUCAGAGUUAAUAGUUGUUAAGGACCCACAGUCAGGGAGGAUAGCCACGUGGGAGGGGAGGGAAAUGAUAUUAGAGAAGCUGAUUUAGGGAACCCUUUAUGUGGAGCCCAAGAGAAGAAUCACAGGCCAUUUCUGUGAGCUUCUGCCCUGUGAAGUUUCUGUCUCAAUCCAUUUCACCAGUGUAGCUGAGAUGUCGUGAAUACCUGUAAUUUCCAGUGACCAUAUUUUGAACUCCUGGGUCUCUCAGACCUUCACCAAACCUUUUUUGUUUGUUUGUUUAUGUGUUUGUUUGUUUGGUGGAAACUUGGAAUCUGUAGACUUGUAGACAUUUUGCUGCCCCUUUUGAUCCGACCCAUAGAGCUGGGAUGAAUUCACUUGUCCAAUGCUCAUAAGAAUUUGCAACCAAGGAAAAGGUUUACUCGAUUACAGAAAUGGAAUCAAUUGGAAACAUUUGACAUUUUCGCAUCAACUUGCAGUUAAUGAUUUUCUAAUCAUUUGUCAUUUUGUUCUCUCAUCAGGGAGGAUAAAAACAGGCAUCAUUUCUGGCAUAUACAAUUGGGGCAAUAUAUCUAUCUAUCUAGCUAUCAAUCUAUCUUAUCUAUAUCUAUCUACCUAUCUAUCUUGUGACUUGCUGACCUAUAGGUAACAGCAAGAGACUCAAAAAGGGAGAGCUGAGGGGUGGGGGGAAUAUUUGAAUCCUACAAAUGUGAGAGAUGGAAGGGGCUUUCAGAAAACAUCUAGCCGAGUGCCCUUCCUCCCUCCCUUUUACUGAUGAAGAAACUGAGGCUUCAAGAGGGGACAAUGAUUUGCCCCAGUUAGUGAUAGAGCUGGGCCUAGAUCCCGGCUUUCUUUCAUGCCUCAGAGAAACAACACUUUUUCGGAGAUGUGAUCCCCCUCAAAUGCUCCCAAAAGGGAACAUUUCUAUUGUCAGUGGGUGAGGAUCUCAAAGCGCAGGAUUAGACCUGUACAGAGCAAAAAGCCUUAUAGGUCCUAAUCACUAGCCCAAGAAGUAGGCUGAAAAGCAGACUGCCAGUUUGUUUCUCAUUUGAUUUUUUUCACUGGCGUCGACCGGCCUAACAUCCCGGAACAGUAUUGCCUGGGAUUAGUGAUCUAACAGGCAUCUUUUAACCACUGAAUUUCUGUUUCCCGUGGUCUUAACAUUGUUAGUGAAAAAAAAGUGAUGUGUAUUUCCUGUAAGUGAUUCUUUGUGUAUCAAAAUGGGUUUUGCACAACCUGCGUGCCAGUGCCUCAAUCAAAAGCAAACCUGAUCACAUUCAGCCAGAAAAGGAUGUACUGCAAAUGACCAUGGCUUUCUUCGCUAAAGGAGGUUGGAAUUCUGUCUGUGCUCAAUGGAGUUUUGUAUAUCUUGUCCCUUUGACGUUAGGCCUCCAAUUUUCUUUAAGUUCAACAGCUGGCAUUGAUGUGCAUAGAAUGUAAACCUUAGACUGCAGCUGUUUUCAUGUUACAUUUAAAGCAUUGAAGAAAAGAGCUAGAAAAAGAUUUUAGCAAAGACGUUCAGUAAGGGAUGUCCAGGGUAGGGUAAAUCUUAGUGCCUGCCAUGACAAGUUCCUUCCCUCCCCUCCCCUAAUUGCCAGCAAAUCCCAUGCUAAUUUGUGAGCGAGUGCAAGGGAAGAAGGCUUGAAGUAUUCACCAAAUUCCAAACAAACCUUGGCAAAAAGCAAAACAUAACAUAACCUGCCACUGAAACUCGCUUGUGCAAUGAUUUUUUUUUUUUACUGGAAUUUUCUUUGUUCGAAAAGAAAAGCAAAACAAGUCGUCUGACUCUAAAUUUCCUAAGCAAACGCAAAGCCUAUUACAAAGUCACCAAGCUAAUCAGUGACUCUAAGAAAGUAUAAGAUUUAGAUUUCAUUCUUUAUUUGACAAGAGUUGUAUGUAAAAUUUAAAGCACUAUAAUUUUCGUGACAUUUUAUAAGCUUUCCAUUUUUCACGCACCUAUAUUUUUAUUUAUCCAAAGUUAGUUUUGGUCCACUUUUCUCAGCCUUAUGCAAAAAUAUGCAAGAACAGUGAAACUUAGGUAAAACAGGUCAUGCAGAGGGAAAAAGAAAGCCGAGACUGAGUGUUUGCAAGGUUGUUAGUAAUUCCAGUUCAGAAAACUGCUAUACAACCAGAACAGAGACAAAAUAAGAAGAGGGAUUGAAGGAAAAUGGAUGCUGAAAACAGUGAUAAUUCUUUCGUUCAAUACGUUUUUUCCUUUUGCAAUUGGCACAUGAUUCCAUAAUCAACAGUGACACUUAAUUUCCCAUUUCUUGACAAGGUUUUCAACACUGUCACUGAUGAUUGUGUGGUAAAUCAUCCUCUUCCCCCACUCCAUCCCUUUCAGAACAUGCUCAGGCACUUGGAUCUCACCAUAAGUGUCAUCUUGCUCUGUACAGGCUGUGGCUUCCCAAUGGCCACAGCCUGGGUUUAUCAGUUCACCGCUUGAUAGGGGGCUGGGGGAGAGCCAGGCUUUUUGCCAAAGUGCCCUUCCCCCUCCCGCCAUCAGCAGAAGCCGAAUAGAAUAAAUCUUUAUGAUUUGAAACCAUUUUCAGCUCCACAGCCAAUUAAUAUAAUGUUCUUUUAAUUGGGUACUGUUCAUUUUAUCAAAUAAAGAGACAGGGUCCCACAGACCCCUGAGAGCACAGCCUUGGCUGGGCUCUUCCCCACCAAGAGCUCAGUUGGGACCAUUUAGAUCAGGUCAGAGCAGUCACAGAGUUCCGAUUCAUUCCUCCAAAGUGUAGACUUUGAUACAUCAUCAUACACAGCAUGAUUAAGAAGUUAGAGUCCUCAUUUUCCCCCUUUAUCUCUUAUACAUUUCACAUGCAUCGAAACCAGAUUUUGGAAGGAAAAAAAGCUGAAAUUGAUGAGGAAAAUCUCAAUGCCCAUUCUCUUCGAAUGAGCUGAUAUCUGACAGUGACCUGAUUUUACCUAAGGCCUGUUGAAGGCCUUAGAAUAUACUGUAUGUUAAAGACUGUAAUAACUUUCUAAGAAAUAUAGUCAAUAACCUAAUCCAAAUGUAAAUAUAGGUACAAAAUAUUGUUUCUAGGCAUCAGCUUCUUAGUUCAUAGUGCAUAAUCCUGCAAUUAAUUUUAUUUUAUUUCUUGCUAGCUUUUUACGUAUUCCUUGUUUUUACUUCUUGAGCUCUUUAGCCAAUGAUUGAAUUUAUUCUUGAAAGAGAAUUAGAGCAAGGUUCAGAUAUUACUCCAUAAGCUCAACUCAUCUAGUUCUGUUCUAACCCGUGAACCCCUUUGGUUUAUAUAGUUCAUAAAGAGUCUGUCCAGUUUACAGGUUCAGAACCAAAUUAGCUUUGUACACAGCUCCUGCAAUGACGGAUUCAUUCUUAACUCUUCUCUUAAGUUCUUGAUGACAAAACUACAACAUGACUACCUUCGUAGACAUUAUUUGUAAGGCUUUUUCACAUGUAAAUUUAAAUGAAGUAAAACAGUAUGAGUUUGUCCAAGGUGCCCUUCCAUACUGUCUGAGAAAGAUAAGAUUGAAUAUUUGAAAAAUCCCAAAGUCCCAUGGGAAAGCUGAAUGGGUGACUCCACUGUCACCUUUUCGGUCCAGAAGUUUACAACAUAUGGCUUUAGAGUCAGGUUUUAUAGCUUGUAGAGAUUGUUGUGUAGAAAGGGUUAUUCCACAGUAUUUUUACUCUCUAGACCCAACCCACCCUGCUGCCUUUUAUUUACACCACUGCCUUGGCCCAUCACUGGCCUCUGCUUCGUUUCACAUCUCUCUCUCCUCUCUGCUGUGUGUCAAGUCACAACAGUCUGGUUUCAUUUCUGUAGCUCUGCCUGCCAACGUUCUGUUUUCUGAGAUUCUGUACUUAUUUUCGUGAGGACAUUAGACGCAAAAAUCAGGGCUUAAUGAAUUAAGCAUAUGGAUAUUUUAAUGUUAAUUUAUAUUUGCAAAGCUGUACAUACAAAAAAAUAUUGUGGAAUGACCCCUUAACAGUGUUGAAGCUACCAAUAUGCUGCAGUUAAACUGAUUCAGUUAGUGUGCGAAUGAAUGUGUGAGACACACCUUUUUUGCACUUAUGUACAUAGUCCACGAAAGAAAUCCUUGGAGCUUAUUUUGAAUAUAAAAAGUCUGUAAUAACACAGAAAACGUUUGUAAAAGAGAUAGCUAUUACUAAGGCUUUGAAAAGAAGGACAUUUUUGCUACAACCCUUAAUCAGAUAGCAUGCCAUUUUUGCUUUGCUCCUUAACUGUAUAUUCUCAUUUGCCGUAGCGUACCACACAGCAGAUUAUUCACAGGUCAACUUCAACUUGCAGCACCGAAGAUGGAGAACAGUUCUUAGUCCGUUAGCAAAAUCAUUAGCAAACAUUUUAAUUGCAUUCAUAUGUCAAUCCUACUUUGAAUCGUGGACUAUGUAGAUACUGAUAGGUUUCUGAGUCAUGCUUUUUUUUUUCCCUGUCCCUUGGAUGCCGCCAUUAACUGUGGAGAAUGCUAUACGUUAGGAGACACAUGGUCCUCAUUAAGAUCAGUUCCAAUCAUCAGUCUUCUGUCAUAGAUGGUCGUCAAUAUAGUACAUGUCCUUGAUUCACAGUUUAAUUAAAGCAUUUCUUCAGCACCCACUCCAUGCUAAGCACUGUACUCAGUGCUAGAGAUAAAGUGAAACCAUCCUAGUCCUUAAGGAACUUAAAUUCCACUCUGGCAGGGGAAAACUUGUACACAGAUAAAUCAAUACAAAUUAGAUUGAAAAUAAAUAGAAAGUGAUGGGGGGUGUCUGGAAAAGCUUUAUGUAGGAAGCCUUAGACGUUGCCUAAUUGAAAAUUAAAUCAUAUAGACAACCCCCUCAUCCCCAACUUUAGUCUCUGACCACUUGAAACAAAAUCCGGAAAUACAGAUGGGAGAAUUGAAGGACUCUUCAUGAGGAUAUUUUGGCUAGGGGAAUGGUUUUGUGUUGGCCCUACUUUUCCAGCCACAACUUCCCUUCAGCUCUUAGGGGCCCUGCUUCCAUGAUCCCUACUUGGCAGGGAUCAGCUCUGAGCAGGUUUCAUUAUACCACCUCGGCCAUGUUAAAUUAGACCUAAUCUGACAGACAAGGAAUGGCCAUGGUCCUGGAUGGCAGGUUAGCUGUGCUGAGAUGUUAAAAAGACUCAACUGGAUUCCCCAGAGCCUGUUCUGGGGAACAAACUACAGAAAACCCUUCUCCCUAGUAAGCCGAGCUGAGGAUGGGACAUAGGGAUGGGAGGUUCAUGUUCAGUGCCUCCACUGACGGCUUCAGUUUUCCUCCAUCCUCAAGGUACACAGCUCCUGUCCUGGGCUUGGGGAGGUCAUUUGUAGAUAGAAAUCUAGAGAUGGUAUAUCUUACAGUUGCUUUGACAGUGUUAGUAUGCAUCCUUACUAGUAGUAGACAUCCCACAUGGUAGUAUAGAUCACCACAGAGCCUAUAAAGGAAGCCACAGCCUAUAAACAGCACAUCCCAGAAAUGAUUAUCAAAACCAAACAAAAAACCAGCUGCGAUUGGCUAGAAAUGUGGCAUUUUAAGUUAACUCAAACUUCAUCUGUUUCCCUGGAUUAUCAUUAUUUUUCAAACAAUCUCCAGAAAUGUUUUUUUUCCAAAAUGCUAAUAAAAAACACUUUUAUCAUUUCAACUAGAAGGAAGAGCCCAUACUAACAGGACUGAACUAGUUGUUAAAAAAAAAAAAGGCAUUGGCCAUAGGUAGAACAACUUUGGGGCUGUUAACAGUGGCUGUAAUUCUAGAUGGAAAUUAAAAUAGAUAAUUAACAUGACCAGCUUUAUGACAGAGGCCCCAGUCUCUAGUUAAGUCCAUAAGAGGUUUAGACCAAAUGAUUCCAUCAACUCUUCCAGCCCCACAUUUAACCUUACCUGCCAAGAUUUUGAGCCUUUUCCUGCCCAUACCUUUUGAUCAGAGCUCAUAGUAUAGGAGGAAAGUAGACAUUUUUCAAUAGAUUACAUGACUCAUUUUUGUGACUACAUGUACAACUUCAGUGUGGUUCAUAGUCUUUAAGUCAUAAAGAAUAGUUGCUUUGUGACAUUUGUUCACUUUGAGCCACUUUGACUCACAAUCCAAUCCAAACUAACUCCAUCUCGUUCAAUCCAUUCAAUCUCUGUUCUCCCAAACAAUCACGCUAUCUCCAGUUAAAUCCAGUCCAAGCUAACUUCAAUUCAAUCCAAGUCAUGCUAAUUCCAAUCUAAUCCAUUUCAUGCUAAAUCUAAUUAAUCCAAUCUAGGCUCACUUCUCCAGUCCAAUAAACAUCAGCUCACUUCACCUGAUUGGAUUUAAAAAUACCAUUUUCCCAUGAUUCCACAUGACUCUAUCUCCCUAGACCAAAAGAAAGAUACCCUUCAGUCUUGAGAACGAUAUAUAAUUCUAUCUCCACUGACUGCUUCUGGUUUUUUCCCCCUAAAAGUACUGUCCUCCCCCCCUCACUUUACCUUAAAAGCUUUGGAUUUUACUCAUUGGUUUCAUUUCAACCUCUGGGGAAAUCUUCUGAAAUUGGCCUGGGUGUUAGGCUGCUAGAGGAUAUUCUAACUCUUGUCGGUUCACAGAGAUGAAGACUCUUUUUUUUCCUCCAACUCUAGAAUUCAAUCAAAAAUGUAUCCUCUCUCUGUCUCCGCUCUCUGGUUAGAGUCCAUGCAGUGUCCUCAUCAUGGUUUCAUAGUGGGUUAAUGUGUGCUAAAGAGCACAGGACUCUUGAUUUAUACUUUUAUUCCUUCUCUGAUAUUGAUGAUUUUAGAAAUCCCUAUUUGUACUUGUAAAUGAAUCAUAACUCUAAAAUCAUUUUUUUCAUUCAAGAAACACUACUAAAAAUAUUUGCUUAUGAUCUAUUAUGUAACUUACUAUUUCAUCAGAAAUGCAGAUCUCUAUGCCUCUGUAACCAGGUAGAAAGUAACAUGCCAAAUUUAAAAAAGAAAGAAAGAAAGCCAACUGUUUUUCUCUCUCAGAAUAUACAACAGAAGGAAUUGCCUGACAGAAUUACAAGGUCCCAGUUCUUUAUUACUGUACACAGAUGUUUGAUAGUGUUAGAAGCCAAAUGAUUUUAUUACCAUGACUCUUGUGUCAUGGCAAUAAUGAUGAGGGGAUGAUAAGACCAUCAUUCUACUGGAUUGUGGGAUUUCUCUGGUUCAGAUUUGAUUCUCUUUUGUGGUGGUUGUGGUUUGGGGGAGGGGGGGAGGGUUGGGGGUUUGCUUGUAAUUGUGUUUAGGUUUUUUCUUCUUUCUCUUUGGUUGUGGUUGAAUGUUUGCUUGUUCUCAAAAUCAUAAAACAUGAACCACCCGUUUGCUGUCACCUGAUAAUGAUUGCCGCUUCUUGAAUCGACGUUGUCACCUUAUUGUGCCGAAGCAGUUGCUGAAAUCACAAGAAGACAAUGUGUGCUCCAAAACUGACUGGCUUUAAAUGCUAACCGAAGAGCUUGUUAUCUAUAGUAGCUAUACUGUGUAAAGUACGCGCUUAUUUGCCAUAGACACUUCUGAUUAAGCAUAAGGUAAAAGGAACAUUAGUCAGGAAAAAAAAAAACACAACUAAGAAUUGAUUAGUUUUAGAUAAAGAUGCUGUUAGCCCUUUGGAAUUGUAAUGGAUCACAGCAGUGGUCAACAAAUGAGUGAGGUGUUAACUGUUCCAAUAAUGUUCCCUCAACUGCUAUCAACAGAAUGGAUGCUUGGACUUCUUGAUUUCUUUUCUGCAAAAUUAUAUCGCUAUAGUGCUUGUCUGUGCAUAUGUGCAUAACAAAACCCAUUUUAAUAUGUAACUUCUAUAUCGUGGUUUAUUUUUUGACCUUUUAAUAAAGUGUACAAAAUUC